AUGUAUUUGCGAAUUGUCAACUAGUAGAGUCUUGUAUACACAACAAUCAUCAUCAAAAGCAAGCUUUUUGAUGGUGCCAGUAUUUUAUUGUAUAUUAUAAUAUUUAUUAGUGUAUUUUAAAAUUGUGCAAUUGUGUCCACUAUAAUGUCGUGUUGUUCUCUCGUUAACUAACUAAAAAUUUGUUCACUAUACGACAAUUUUAUCAUUCAUUUCGGAGUAAAGUGAACACAAGCCAGAUUAUCUCGAGUAUUAAAAAAUCAGUAUUUUUUUUAUUUCGCAAAAAAGUGUUUGUUUGUAUGAAUCGAAAAGUUUUAGAUAUUAUUAACAUACAAUCUGUUAAAAGUGAUAUGGAAAUAUGCUAUUAAACAAUCGUAACGUUGUACUGGAAUCCGUGUUUUCGUUUGUAGUUUUUUGUAUGGUGUCUUCGUCCCAACAGCAACAGCAGCAGCAGCAGCAACAACAACAACGAGAUCUAAACAACAAUAAUAUUAAUAAUCGAUACUACUACGUUGUAGAUGAAGGACAAAACCUAACAUUGCCAUGUUCGAGCAAACUUGGUACUGUGAUGUGGGUUCGUGAAGGAAAAAUGGACGAUGGCAUCCAUGUGCUACCAAAUGGAUCACUUUUCCUUCCCAACCUCAAUACAAAUGACGCCGGAACGUACAUUUGUUCCGAAAUGAUUCCCGGGUUCUAUGAAUCCGUGAAUGUUGGCAUCGACGAUAAUAGUGUACAUAACGAAAACUUUACCAAAGAUACUGUAGUGGAGGUGGCUCGUAUCGAAGUGACUGUCCGAACGGUUCCCGGGCCCGUCGCGAAAUUCAAAUGCCGCGCUACCACAAUCAUUGCUGUCAUAAUAUGGGAAAUUUGGCCUAAUAGAACGGGGGGUUAUCCUCUCUUAGAUUUUACAGCAGAAAUGAGACGCAUGCCGGAAGCUGGCGAAAAUGAAACGGAAUGGAUGUUACUAGAUCCGCAUCAUAUUAGUCCAAAUGCUCGUCAAUUGGAAAUUUUUCACCUGUCGCCCAAUACAACAUAUGAAUUCCGUAUUUGGGGCACAAACAAACUCGGACCUGGCGAGAAAUCCCUCAUUACUGCAACAACCGUACCAAAAACCGAAGAAAAGGAUCUUAUACGAAGAAUAAUGAUAGAUGCGGAAAAUUUUGAUACCCGUGUAUGGAUAGUAGCUGUCAGUAUUGUUAUGGGCAGUUUACUAAUUUUAUCAUUAGGAACGUGUCUAGUUCUUUAUAAGGAAUGCCGCGAUUCAACUGGUAUAGAAAUUGAAUCAUUUUAAUUAUUAAAUCAUUGCUGUGUAAAAUAUAUACAUAAACUUAGUGAACAUUUAUAGUUAAAUGUGCUCUGUUACACACGUUUUUCAUGAUUUUAAUUUUUUUUCGUUUGGUUUGAUGUUUGUAAUGUGACUUGUGGUUGUGUGAUAUAAAAAAGUUUAAUUUAUCAUUUUUGACUCAAGUACACACGACACGCUCUAGCAUAAUGAGUUUCAAUUUAGGAAAAAAAAUGCAAGAAUCGAUGUAAAUUGUUUUGUUUUAGUAUAAUGUUCAUUAUAAGUUGAAUAAAUUACACAUAUUUGCUACUUUUUUUUUUAUUUAAGUUGAACAUUUUGAUGUGACUCGCAUAGCAUUAUAAGACAAAAAUUGAAAAAGUGAUAUUUUAGCAUAUUAGCAUAGGUACAAUAAAAACACAUGAAUACCUGUGUCUAGGUCCUAGGCAUCCCACCCAGCUAAUAAAUCAAGUAGCUGAAAGAAGAAAUGAAUAUUAAAUUAAUUGGAGCAAUCUAUAUUAUUAUCAUUCAGACAGAAUUUAAUUAUAUUUGCGUGCCUUUAUUAAGUUCAUUGUUUUUUUAAAAAUAAUUUUCCAACAUAUUUUCAAAUUUCAACCAGAUUCUUAAGCUUUUUU